CGUUCGUCUUCUGAAAGUGGAUUACCAGCUCCGGCCGUGUUCAUAAGCAAAGAAGAAGCUCUAAAAACAGUGAAGAAAUUCAAAGGUGCUCACUUCAAAGGUUUCAAGACCAGAGAUGAAGCAGAGAGUUUUUCUCGAUCGCGAUCAAAUGAACAAGAAACUUCUUUGGCUGUAAUGAAUUCUUUAUCAGCUUCUCCUGCAGAUCCUGUAAGCAAAUUUAAAGGACCAACACCACAGGAGUUGAUCAAAUUUCGUAAAAUUAUUGAAAAGGGAUCAAGGGACGAAUUUCUGGAGAUGGUAUUAAUUAAUCCUAGAUACUUGAUUGGUCCUGGUGACACACCAGUGAUCUUACAAGAAGGGUUCCACUAUAAUGCCCUUCACGUGGCUGUGAAAAAUAACAGAAAGGAAAUGUGUCAGGUGAUUAUUGAUACACUAGAAAGUCAGUCCUUUUGGAACAUU